GAGUGUUGUAGGCCGAGCCUUUUGUAGUAGAACACUGCCAUUAAGUGGGCGUGUUGCAAAUAUACUCAAUUCCAAACGUGUUGGGUGUCACGCAGACGUAAAGGUUCAAACAUGAAAUCACAAUUAUUGCAUUUUAUUUUUGACUACUUUCAUUUAUUGGUAGAAUUUAGGGUGUUCUUUUUAGGCUUAGUUUUUUAGUAUUUACUAUGUACUUUUAGCAUUCUGUUUAAGUUUUAUCGAAAUUUCAUUGUUUUUAAAUUUUUGAUGUGCCAUUGUUCACUAGUUAACGAAAUACAUUUGUCGUUUUUUUGUGCUGGAAACAGUCACAGCGUUAUCAAGCAAUUUGUAACAAAGCUAUUUUUGUCGAAAUACAUUGUUUGGAAGGGAUGGGUGAAGGCUAUGCGUAAAAUGAAAGACAGUGUGUUUAUUGACCUGGACGAUGGUUCCUGUGCAAAGACCCUGCAGAUCGUAGUGCCAAAGUCGGUCCAGCCACCGGACCUGACGUACGGGGCGUCCCUCAGGGUUCAAGGCACGCUGCAGCUGAACCCUUCCGGCCAGGUGGAGGUGGUUGCCGACGGAGUGGAAGUGUGUGGCCCGUGCGUGGUCUCGGACGGCUACCCGUUCCUGCCCAGGAAGAGGUACUCCCAGGACUACGCGAGGCAGUUCCUGCACUUGCGGCCGAGGACCAAGGUGUUUGGUUGCGUGCUGCGCGUGAGGGACGCUGUGAUGAGGGCACUGCACCAGCACUUCCACGGGCAGGGUUACGUGAACGUCCACACGCCCGUUCUUACGUCCAAUGACUGCGAGGGAGCGGGCGAGGUGUUCGUUGCGCGCCCGGACAGCGACGCCCUCGUGGCAUCCAUGGCCAAAGAGGGUGCCACGCCAGAUGAAGCAUUUUUCAAUGUCAAAUCCUACCUUACUGUCUCAGGACAGUUGCAUUUAGAAGCUGUUGCAAGGAGCUUAUGCAGGGUUUACACUGUUGGCCCAACCUUCCGUGCAGAAAAUUCACGCACGCGCCACCACUUGGCAGAAUUUUACAUGGUGGAGGCAGAGGUCGCAUUCCUUGACAGCAUGUCUGAACUACUUUCCAUAAUGGAGAACCUAAUCAAAGAUGUCACUGCGAGAGUCCUGGACGAGUGCGAAGACGACGUCCAGGUUUUGCUUGGUCGGGACGAUGCCGGACAAGCAUUGAACGCAUCCCAGGUUGUAAAGCAGCCAUUCGUCACAAUGACAUACAAGGAAGCUGUCAGUGUUCUGAACGAGCACUCUGAACAUUUCGAGGUCCACACCCGUGAAGGUGAGGGCCUCAGUAAGGAGCACGAGCUGUUUCUGGUGCGUCAUGCCGGGGGUAUACCUGUCUUCGUGGUUGAGUGGCCGAGUGCAAGCAAGCCAUUCUACAUGAAGCGAGCCGCAGACAACAGCGACAAGGUGCUGGCAGUGGACUUGCUAGUGCCACAAGUGGGGGAGUUGUGUGGUGGCAGUCUCCGGGAAGAUGAUUAUGUGCUGCUGCAGGACCGACUGCGGGAGCAACAGUUGCACAACCUACAGUGGUACCUUGAUCUGAGAAAAUAUGGGAAUGUGCCCACGGGGGGAUUUGGAAUGGGGCUGGAACGGUAUUUGCAGUGCCUGCUGGGCAUCAGAAACAUUAAAGACACAAUUCCAUUUCCAAGGUGGCCCCACAACUGCAGUCUUUAGAAGCGCGUAUUAAAUGAGAUAGUUGU